AUUAAUAGCUCCGCGGCAGACUCAGAACCUUCUCGCUGACAUAGUUUAGAAUCAUCUCCCGACUAACCGGCGCAAUGCGCGGAACGAGCACCUCCCGCAGCCAUCGCUCGACAUCAUACUCCAUCGCAUACCCCAUCCCCCCAUGCGUCAGCACUGCACGCUCACACGCCGUAAACGCCGCUUCCGCCGCAAGAUACUUGGCACUAUUCGCAGCAACUCCCACGGAAUGCACGGGAAUCGAGUCAUCCGUCCUCGACGCAUCAUACAGCCUGGCUGCAUGGUACGUCGCCAGCUUGGCCGCCUCGAGCUUCAUAUACGCAUCAGCGAGCGGAUGCGCAAUCGCCUGGUUCUGGCCAAUCUUGCGCCCAAAGACGACGCGCUCAUUCGCGUACUCUGCUGCCCGCUCCAGCGCCACGUAUCCCAGCCCCAGCGCCUCUCCAGCAAGCAGGCACCGCUCCGCAUUCAUCCCGUGCAGGAUCUGGCGGAACCCGCCGUUCUCCUUGCCCACAAGCGUGGAAGCAGGCACCUCGUACUUGUCGAAAAACACCUCGUUCGCAUCCACGGCGCGCCCGCCCAUCUUCUUGAUCUUCUUCAGCUCCAGGCCCGCCUUCGUCUUGUCAAUGUCGAUACAGAACAUGGACAAUCCCUGCGUCGGCUUCGACACCUCCUCUAGCGGCGUCGUCCGCGCCAGCAGAAUCAUCUUCGACGCGACCUGCGCGCAUGUAAUCCAGAUCUUUUGCCCCGUGAUGGAAUAGUGGGUGCCCGCGGCAUUGAGCGUCGCGCGAGUCUGCAGUUUCAGCGUGUCGAGACCCGUGUUUGGUUCUGUGACUCCAAAACACGUGCGCCAUUUGCCGUUGAUGAUGUUGGGAAUCGUUUCGGUGACUUGUUCACGGGACCCGAAGCGUGCGAGGGGUUGUGUUGCGUAGACGUUUGCGUGGAUUGCUUGGGCGCCGGCCAUUCCGGCGCCAGACUGUGUGAUUGUUUGCAUCAUCAUUGUUGCUUCGGAGAUUCCUACCAUUGUUAGGACUGAUCGUACAUGGAUUGAGAGGAUCGAAAGAUGGUAGAUAAGGAGGUAGGUGGCGACAUACCGAGUCCAGCCCCUCCGUGCUCUUCAGGCAGUGCAAUUCCGAGCCAUCCAUCCUUUGCCAGCGCGGCGUGAAACUCUUUUGGAUCGCGCUCUUGCUGGUCGCAUUCCUGCCAGUAGGUGUUUGGGAAGUUGGCGCAAAUGGUCGAGAUGGCGUCGCGGACGGUCAAUUGAUUCUCGGUGAAGCCCGUCAGGUCCAUAAGCGGGCGACGAGCGGAUGUCGAAAAGAGGCGCCUGCCCGUGUGCGAGAGUCUCGAUAUGCGAAACAUAUUGACCAACUUGACUCUGUGAAUUGUCCAAGCUGGAGUGGAACUGGGGGAGCUCCAGUGCUUAAAUCGCCCCGCCAUGCUGGGCAUAUAACCGAAGUAGCCGAAGAAGCCGAAUCAAAUCGGCGAACCCCCCCAUCCAAAAGCCAUCUCGCUCCCCCGCACACUGAGGCUCCUCGCCAUAUCUCAGUACCCAGGACGAUCUGCUCCAAGAUGCCGUUGCGACGGGCAAAGCAAGCCUGUAUCCACUGCCACCGCCGGAGGAUCCGCUGCGACGUGCUGCAGCAGCGUCCGUGCUCGAACUGUGUGUCGCAAGAUGUGGCCUGCGAGCUGGGCGUUUCGCAGCGGGGGAAAUAUCCUCGCAAGAAGUCUCUCAAGACACAACCUACACAACCACAGCCGAUUCUCCCGGAACUCGCCACACCUGCUGCAACCAGCGUCUCGCCAGGCGUGGCCACUACCACCCAUCAUGGCUACUCGCACAGCCAUCCCAACCAUGUCCCGCAACGAAUCACCGAACCCACCGUCUUCCUCGGCGAAUCCAGCCCGCUAACCUCCGUCAUGGACCCCAGCCAACCCCCAAAACUCCACUACCCGCUCCCCGACCGGCUCGCACCCUCAAGUACUCGAGACGAAGCUGUGCGCCUACACCAGGUCCAACGCGCCGCGCAGCUCGAGUCCGACGGCUCACUGUCCUUUCCGCCGCAGGAGACAACCGACUCUUUACUCCAGGCGUACUUUCGCUGGUUCCACCCGUGCUUUCCGAUUCUGGACCGCGCCGCUGUCUACAGAGGGAAAUGUCAGGGGACGUUAUCGCCGUUGUUGCUGCAGGCUAUGCUCUUCAUCGGAGUCAGUCUCUGUGACGAUGAGGCGUUUGCGAGGACAGAGUUCCCCGUGCGGUAUCGGGCGAAGUUUCUGUUCUAUUCGAGGGCCAAGGCCAUCUAUGAAGCGGAUGCAGAGUCGAGUCCGACAGUGAAGUUACAGGCACUGUUCAUGCUGAGCUUUUGGCGUGGAGGGCCGUCGGAGGAGCGCGAUGUGCGGUUCUGGCUCGGGGUUGCCAUCUCGUUGGCGCAGAAGAGGGGGAUGCAUAUGAUGUCUAAAUUCUCGCACCCGACAAGAGAGAAGAAGCUCUGGAAGCGCAUCUGGUGGGCUUUAUAUAUUCGCGACCAACAAAGCGCCGCAGCGCUCGGUCUCCCGCCGCGGAUCCGCGAUGAAGAUGGCGAUGUGGCGAUGCUGGAGCCGCACGAUGUUCUCGAGGAUGAGGUCGUUGAUGACCCCGUUUUUGGCCGGCAGAGACCGCAGGAUGUGCUUUACCCUGUGGAAAUGGCCAAGUUGGCGAGGCUCCUCCGAACGAUCGUCUCAACGCAAUACCUUCAUCAUCAAAAGCCGGACCUCGCAACGAGAAACGCACUGAAUCAGCAGCUCUGCGUCUGGGAAUCGGAACUGCCCAUUGAACUCCGUCUCGACGCUGUGACCACAGACGCCCUCCUCCUGACCGGACUCCUUCACCUCACCUACCAAAACCUCUACAUCCUCCUCUACCGCCCCGUUUUCCUCGACCCAACUCCAUUCGACGAUGGCCAAAUCGCCCUCGACGCAGCGACAAAGUCCUCUCGGAUCAUGGAAGAUCUCCUCUCGCACCACCUUGUCCAGCAUGGACCUCCUCACCUAAUAACCCACGCCUUCUCAACCCUCUGCAUCCACACAAUCCACCACCGACGCUCGUCAGGAACGACACGGACCCUCGCCGAACACCGCGCACGCCUCUGUCUGCUCAGCCUCGAGGAGCUGCAGAAAUCAUGGGAUCUCGAGAACUGGGUCCUGCAUCUGUUCUUCAAGGGACUUGAUGAUGGGACGGCACAGUCGUUGAGGUUGUCGACGCCCGGGGAGAUGGGAGUUUCGCCGGAGGGGAGUGGGGGUGCGCUGGGUGGUGGAGAAGGGGGUGUUGAUGGGAGUGAGGGUGGGAGUGUGAGGAGGCAGGGGUAUGGCACUGGCAAUGGGGGUGGACACGCCAACACAAAUGGAAUGGGGAUGGGCAUAGAUGUGGGACAGGAUGAUUGGUACGGGUGGAUUCCGGGGGACGAUGAGGCGGAUGCACUGAAUCUGCAGAAUUUGGAGUUUCUGUAUCGGUUCUUGUAGCCCUAUUGUUUUUGGUCUCUCCGUUUGCGGAAUCGAAGAAAAGAGGGAAAAAAAAGAAGAAGGAAUAGGACUAUCCAAUCCUAUAAGCCAAAUCCCUGAAUGGCACCGGCUCAGUGCCCUUGACUCAGAACUCAUGUAGAUCCGUCCCUCGGUCCGUCGGGUAUGUAUACCCACCCCCGUUGACAAUAGAUGUCAAAGAGCUUUAGCAGCUUGCAGGGGAUGGGGUCCCUGAUCUACACAGCCCAAG